CCGUGAUGCAGUAAAGAUGGCGGCGGUUGGAAAAUGCUCGGUUGCUGUGGAGAAAGAGCGGUGGCAGCCGCUGUCCUUGACGUACGUCGAAUAUCCCCCAGAUGACCUUGCAGGAAAGGUGCUUGCAUAUUUAAGUCUCGUACCAGUAUUUAUCCUUAUUGGUUUCCUCACGCUCAUCGUGUUUAAAAGGGAGCUACACUCUAUUUCAUUCCUCUGUGGUUUGGUACUAAAUGAAGGCUUCAACUGGGUAAUUAAGAAUGUUAUCAAAGAGCCUAGACCUUGUGAAGGUGGUCAUGACAACUUGUUUACAGAAUAUGGGAUGCCCUCCAGUCAUUCCCAGUUCAUAUGGUUCUUUUCCAUUUACUCACUCCUAUUCCUUUAUUUAAGAAUGCACCAAACAAACAAUGCUAGAUGUUUAGACCUGUUGUGGAGGCACGUUUUAUCCAUUUGUUUGCUGACUGUGGCCUUUCUCGUCUCCUAUAGUAGAGUCUAUUUGAUGUACCAUUCCUGGAGCCAAGUGAUAUAUGGAGUUAUAGCAGGUGGGACAAUGGGAGCAGCCUGGUUUAUCUUUACACAAGAGGUACUAACGCCACUGUUCCCUAGGAUAGCUUCGUGGCCAAUCUCGGAAUUUUUCCUGAUACGGGACACAAGUUUGAUUCCAAAUAUUCUCUGGUUUGAGUACACAGUCACCAGGUCAGAAGCACGAAACAGACAACGGAAACUGGGCACCAAGAUGCAGUGAUGCAAAAUCAACAUCUUUCACUUGGGGGCAGGACUGUGGUGCGGACCUCGAAGGAAAGGAAAAUCAACAGCAACAAAAACAUGUCAUUUGAAAAUUCAUUAUUUUUUUGGAAGACAGUCAAAGGCAAGCUGAGAUGUAUGUUGGCAGUCUAGACACCCUCUGUGAUGGCAGUCGGUGUUGACAUAGCUUGCUGUUAGCUUUCUACUGCAUGUUAGAGUCACGUGGGUACUGGACUGAACCAGUUUAAAAGAAGCACGCGCACACAGUGCCAGUGAAAUGUGAUAUUAUUGCAUCUGAUUCAGGAGUGUGAUAUUUAUUUUAGAGAAGGGCAGCAGGGGAAGGGGCAUACUUCACAUUGUAGGAGUAUGGAAUAUUGCAAGAGAAGUGAUAUUUUUAUGACACUGGUUUUAAAAACACAUUGGAAGGAAAGAAAGAGAUGUAGUUUGUGAAUUGUCAAUCAGGUAUCUGACAUACUAGAGUUACUUCUGUAGCAGCCAGAAAUACUAUAAGGGAUCAAGUUGCACUUUAGGAAAAUGAAUUAGUUUUUUUAAAACGACACUAGUGGAGUGGGAAAAACUGAUCUUUAUUUUUCUCAUUCGUUACAGUUACUUGUGAUGAACAAUGUGGCUUUUAAGAACUCUUCGGCUAGGUAGAAAUUGGCAUGUUUUUCCCCGCAUCAUGUUAAGGGGUUAAUUAUGUACAUUCUGACAUUAACAUCACUGAGCCACACAGAAACAGGAUUGUCAAAGUGUUUGCCCUUUUCUCCCAACUCCUAAUGCUGUCUGCAUCACUGGUCCAGGCCUUUUGAUUUGAUGAUUUAUUAUUCAAAUCUUAAUCUUUUUGGCAAACUGACAGUUGGUAAAUAUUGUGCAUUUCAGAAAUAGGCACUUUAUCUGGGAUCAGGGUUAAUGCUAAAGAAACCUGAACUUUGUAGUGAAGAGGGAUAGAAGAGACUUGGUUGUCUCAGAAUUGUAUGUCUGAUGGUCUUGGGUGACCUCUGCAUCAUGUGGAUAUAUUCAAUUGUGCAAAAACUGACCUCAAAUUGCACCCUAACUUUGCUGCUGCCAUGGCAAGGUGUAGAGUUUAUUCUGGUAUUGAGGUGGGAGCUACUUUUUAUUCUGAAAUCAGUGUUUCAUCUCAUGUGCAAAGACAGUAGUUUGCAUCUUUCACAUGUUUGUCCAACAUUGAGUCAGUAGAUUAAAAGCAUUAUUUCCCUUCUCCACAAACAUUGUUGAUUUUGUUACUUGAGUAGAAUCCAUGAAUGGCCAUUCCAAACUAAAACCACUUAGUCCUGCUUUUGCCAACGUAACAGUGAGUCAUGUCUGUUUUUACUUCACAGCAAGUGUCUAUGCUUUUGCCUCUGCUGUGGUGCACAUUUCCCUCUCAAUCAUCAAAGGUUCUGGCUUCAAUUGGCACUCUGGAGACCAGAGCACAAACAAAGGGAUUGCUACACUUUUGAGAGUGACAUGUUUUGGAUAGACUUUAAACCAAGGCCUCAUCUGUUUUAUUGGGUGGAUGUAAAAGAUUCUAAGGAACUAUUUUCAAGAAGAGCCAGUGGAGUAUUCCACAACAUUAUGGCAAACAUUUAUCCCUUCAAUAAUUUAAAAAGAAGCAAGAUUAUUCAGUCAUUAUCAUAUUGUUUGUUGAAUCUUACCAAGCACAUUUCUUUGCUUCAGUGACGACAUGCCAUGGGCCAUAAAGUGCUUUGGAUGGUCUUGCAAAGGGCAUGAAAAAUGCUAGGUAAACACAGUUCUUUCUGUCUUGGUGAGAUGCGCUAGGAUAGAAUUUCCUGGCAUUGUGGUACAUUCUAGAUUCUCAUGCAGUUCUUGAGCAGUGAAGGCAUGGAUCACAUUGACCACCACUGCCCACAAAUGGUACAAACAUUAAACCCAGUAAAAUACUAAGUUUGAAUCAGGAAGGGGCCUGCUUAAAUUUAAAUGUAGCAUUUAGCUACUCUUGAAGAUUUUGUUUCUUUGGCCGAAGAACAACUCAGACAAUGUGAGAUGUCAAAUUUUGCUUGUAAGUGAGUGCUUGACAUUCACCUGAAAUCCACCUUUUUGCAAUUGUGGCACAGAUGCUAAUCCAGUAAGCCCAUGGAGAGAUGAGAAAUUUACUUGGUCCUGUUACUUGUUUGCACAUUAGUAACCUAAUGGGAAUAUCAGUUAUUUGAUUUAGUUGUCUGUUUGUUGAACUUUUAGUACAGUAUGUAAGGAACAGGGAAUUGUGUGGGGCAGCUGAUAAUACCCUUUCAAGGAAACUCCCACUUUGGAACAAUACAACUUGCUUUGGUAUGUUUCCCUGAGCUGGUUGAUCAUCAAGAUUAACCCAACGCUGUUUAGAGGUAGGAAUUGACACUGAGUCCAUGUACUACAGUGAAUGGCCAUGUGACUAAAAUCGCAGGUCAAUUGCUUGAUGUGCAGACCAUUACUAGUGAAAGAUUUAUUCUCAACCUGCUUUUUUUUUAAGAGAGAGACAAAUUCUAAAACAGGUUAUUUUCACUGUAUUGGCUAGUACCUAGAUAGGAUCAUGUUUCUUUUUACCAUUUCAAAAUACAUUUAUGAAAUAGCAACUGAUAUUUUGAUUAAAAAUGCUUUCUUGUAAUGUAUUUCUCAUUUUAAAUAAAUGUUUGAAAAUUAAGGUGUUUGAAAUUACAUAGAAAUAGAUUGUGUUUAGGGAGGAGGGAGUUUUAUUUUUGCACAGUUCAAGUGGAAUAGUCUGGAUUUCCCCCUCCCUCUAAAUGUUGUGGACUGUUAGUCAGAUGCCAGUUAAGGGGUCGAGCUUGAACUUGUCAUUGACCAGAUACCAUAUUCACUACGUGGGUGAGUUUAUUCAAAAAUGCAAUGAUUUUAUUUUUCUUUUAUUUGGGUUACUUCUCAUUUUGGUGUGAUAUGUAUUUCCAUUGGUGUUGUUUUGCUUAUAAGUAAGCUUAAGUAUAAAACUUGGGCAAACUAAAAUCAAAGAAAUAAGUAUAAAAAUAUUGUCACACCAACUUGCUCAGUAGUGGAGUUUUAAAUCAGUCAGGUCGGGGGGCGCUGCUGAUACUUCUGCAAAUAAAACCAAGUGUGGCCAACUGGCUUCAUGCUAGACUUUUUUUUCCACUUAAACAGUCAUUGAGCUACAAUGUUAUUUUCAGUGUGGAAAAACUGGAAGCACAGAUGGUACGUUAGUGGUGGUGAACCAAGAGGACUUGGUGGAACUUGGGUCCAGUGCUAAGUCCAAAUCUAGGUGCUUAAGGUGGAGUCAAGGAGAUCGGUGGUAGGUUGAUUGAAGCAUCUGUCCCUGAUCAGUGUCCAAUAACCAGUUUGUGCAUGUGGGUAUCAAGCUUGGCUGCAGUGCCACCCACAGCUAGAUAAUCUAGCAGUAAAUGCAAAGAAUUAAUGAUUGGAUAAAGUACCUAGCAUCUUGAGAACUAUUACUCUGGAAAGGAAAAAGAGCGAAGUGGAAUAUUAUGAUUUCUGUUGCCGUCUGUGUGGAGCUUGCACGUUCUCCCUGUGACUCUGGGUUUCUGUGGGUGCUCUGGUUUCCUCCCACAUCCUAAAAAUGCUGGUUAAUUGGUUGCUGUAGAUAAUCCCUAGUGUAGGUCGGUGGUGGGAGAAUCAGGGCAGAGCUAUGUGAGAGGGAAUAGGUUGCAAGGAAAUAAGUGGUGGAAUGGGACUGAUGGGAUUGCUCUGAGAGGCAGCAUAGUUUGAAUGAUCUGCAUCAUAAAGUAUGGGAGGAGAAAAUAGUGGAAAUUGACAAAUAAUGGCAGUGUGUGUUUUGAAGUAAUGCGCUUAAUUUUUGGACCUAGCUUUCACUCUUUUCUUUCACACUUUUGUGUUCAUUUAUUUAUUCUUUCACCUUUGCUCACUUUCAUACCCAAUAAAUAUUAAUUCAGUCUGUUGUAAAGACUCUACACUUAAGUGAAUUUCCAGAAUAGGGAAGUUGUACUUAUUCCAGUUAGCUUAAUCUUUUUAAAUUUGGAAAAGCGUGUGGGUGCUAUAAUGGUGUGUGAUUAUAUUUUUGUGUGUUGAGAAGUUUUAAGUAUUGUUUACUUGUAAAAUAUGUAUUGCUCCUGAGUUGGUGCUUGUAUAGCUGAUUUUUUUUUCAUGACCCUUUUUGUGACUUUGCAGCAGUUCCUAAUGUUUUUAAAAUAGUAUCAUGUCAUCUGCAACAAAAUUGUGAGUCAGCCAAAGUAAGGCAAUCCUGGCGGUUUUAAACAUGCCAGAGGUCACGUGAGUUUAAACUAAUAUAGUGUGCUGAUCAGUGGAUAAAAACAAAACGAUGGAAAUAAUCAGCAAAUAACUACUGAGGGGGUAAUCUCUCAAGCCUGAUACUGCUCAGUAGCGCCAAGUUACUUAUCCAUUCCUGGUGGUUUUUUUUAAUGCCCCAUAACUCAUUUGUCCUCUUGAUAAAUUUGUUUUCCCAGAUCACUGAGUUGUAUUUCGAAAGUAGUACAGAACCACUGACAUGGCACAAAUGCCAGCCUUUGAUAAUUUAGUCUUUCAGUUUGAUGCUAAACUUGCCAUUCAUUCUUUCAGAUCCUGUAUAUUCUCAGUGGUUUUUGUAUGUAAA